AUGUCCCCUCCCGAAAAGAGGAGGUGGGAGAGGGUGAGGCAAGGAGGGAUCACAGGAGAUUCAGGGCUGGGUGGAACAAGCGGGAUCACAGGAGAUUCAGGGCUGGGCGGAACCAGUGGGAUCACAGAAGUUUCAGGGCUGGGCGGAACCAGUGGGAUCACAGAAGUUUCAGGGCUGGGUGGAACCAUCGGGAUCACAGGAGAUUCAGCGCUGGGCGGAACCAGUGGGAUUACAGGACAUUCAGGGCUGGGCAGAACCAGCGGGAUCACAGGAGAUUCAGGGCUGGGCAGAACCAGCGGGAUCACAGGAGAUUCAGGGCUGGGCAGAACCAGCGGGAUCACAGGAGAUUCAGCGCUGGGCGGAACCAGUGGGAUUACAGGACAUUCAGGGCUGGGCAGAACCAGCGGGAUCACAGGUGAUUCAGGGCUGGGCGGAACCAGCGGGAUCACAGGUGAUUCAGGGCUGGGCGGAAUCAGCAGGAUCACAGGAGAUUCAGGGCUGGGCGGAACCAGUGGGAUCACAGAAGUUUCAGGGCUGGGCGGAACCAUCGGGAUCACAGGAGAUUCAGCGCUGGGCGGAACCAGCGGGAUCACAGGAGAUUCAGGGCUGGGCGGAACCAGCGGGAUCACAGGAGAUUCAGGGCUGGGUGGAACCAGUGGGAUUACAGGACAUUCAGGGCUGGGCAGAACCAGCGGGAUCACAGGAGAUUCAGGGCUGGGUGGAACCAGCGGGAUCACAGGAGAUUCAGCGCUGGGCGGAACCAGUGGGAUUACAGGACAUUCAGGGCUGGGAAGAACCAGCGGGAUCACAGGUGAUUCAGGGCUGGGCGGAACCAGCGGGAUCACAGGUGAUUCAGGGCUGGGCGGAAUCAGCAGGAUCACAGGAGAUUCAGGGCUGGGCGGAACCAGUGGGAUCACAGAAGUUUCAGGGCUGGGCGGAACCAUCGGGAUCACAGGAGAUUCAGCGCUGGGCGGAACCAGCGGGAUCACAGGAGAUUCAGGGCUGGGCGGAACCAGCGGGAUCACAGGAGAUUCAGGGCUGGGCGGAACCAGUGGGAUUACAGGACAUUCAGGGCUGGGCAGAACCAGCGGGAUCACAGGAGAUUCAGGGCUGGGUGGAACCAGUGGGAUUACAGGACAUUCAGGGCUGGGCAGAACCAGCGGGAUCACAGGAGAUUCAGGGCUGGGUGGAACCAGCGGGAUCACAGGAGAUUCAGGGCUGGGCGGAACCAGUGGGAUUACAGGACAUUCAGGGCUGGGCGGAACCAGUGGGAUUACAGGGCAUUCAGGGCUGGGCAUAACCAGCGGGAUCACAGGAGAUUCAGGGCUGGGCGGAACCAGUGGGAUUACAGGACAUUCAGGGCUGGGCAGAGCCAGUGGGAUCACAGGAGAUUCAUGGCUGGAUGGAACCAGAAGGGAAACAGGAAAGUCAGGGCUGGGCAGAACCAGCAGGAUUUGAAGAAACAGGUAAUUUUCCUCCUCAAAUGCCUUCAACAAAUCCUCCAAAUAAUUCCAGUGGUCAUUUCAAUCACAUCCACAGUGGUGAGGAUGUGGGCAGGGCUUUCCUGCCAGCCCUCAAACUCCACUAACACUCCCUCAGUGAUGAUCGAUGUUUCCGGCUCACGCACCUGGUCAGACACUUUGAGGGGCUCAGGCUCCGGGCAUUGACUCCUUCUGUCCUCUUCUCAAGUUUGGGCUCAUCACUCGCAGCAGGCAGGUCUCAGUUGUCUGUGGCGCACAUGCAACUCCAUCGUGUGUGUGGUCUUUCAGCAGACGUUCU